CAGACCAACCAAGCAAAACACUGAAGUGAUAAACCGCGCUGAGGAGACUUUACAAGACCAUUUAAAAGUGUACUGACACGCUGCAGUUUCUUAUAAUUGGACAUAGUUGAACUUGAGCUUUCGGAGGACUAACAGACACAAUGAUGAUGGAUCUUGAGAGUCAGUUUCUUGAAGAAGGAGCGCUGCCCUUACCACAGGUGAUGGUGUCGAGGAGGAAGGCCGGCUCCUCAAAGUCAGGCGUCUGGCGGGUGUGUGGGGUCCUGCUGGCUGUGGCCCUGUGUGCCGCCGCUGCUGUCUGCUUCACGCUCAACAAGUCUCAGAACAAUCAGGAAGGUGGAAAUGAGCUAAGGCUCACAUUAAGAGAUCAUCUUUCAAAAGAAAAUGUCACUUCCAAGGUUGCCAUCCAUUUAACAGGUGCAUAUGACCCUGACGUGUCUAAGGACAACCUAGACUGGAAACAGAACCAGGACCAGGCUUUUGUUUCAGGUGGCUUGGAAUUAGUGGACAGAGAGAUCAUCAUUCCUAACGACGGCAUUUACUUCGUCUACAGCCAGGUGUCUUUCCACAUCAGCUGCAAGAAUGACAUACCUGAGGACCACGACGUCGUGCAUAUGAGCCACGCAGUGUGGCGCUACUCUGAGUCCUACGGCAGCUACAAGCCGCUUUUCAGCGCGAUCCGCUCCGCCUGCGUGCAGGCGUCUGACACUGAAGAUCUGUGGUACAACACCAUUUACCUCGGUGCGGCCUUCAACCUGCGAGCUGGAGACAAACUGCGCACCGAAACCACCACAGAACUCCUGCCCCGCGUCGAAAACGAGAACGGAAAGACCUUCUUUGGGGUGUUUGCUUUAUGAUAUGCACUCUAAAAAUCCGUAAAAACAGGACACAAUGUACUGUACCUAUUUAUAUGAAGGAACUUUCUUUCUUUUCUUCAAAACUUGAAAUGUAAGGAAACAAUGGAAACCUGUGGGGAGGAAAGCAGUAGCCUAUGCUGAACUUCCAAUGCAAUGACACUGAUAAGACUGAAAUGACCCCUAGUCGAUGUUUUAUAUUAAAACAGGUCAAAAUCUAUAACUUUUAUGGAUCAGAUCCAGGGAUCCAGAUAUCAGUGGGGGAAAUCAUGGGCAUUUUCAGCUUGUGUCCAUGAAUGCUGAAUUAAAGCAAUCCAAGUUAUUUAUAUACUUAAAAUGAUGAGUAUUUAU